GUUACGUCAAAGAGGAAAUAAAACGCCACCCUGCUACUUGUACGCUCUCAUUUCUCUGAGUACAACAACUGGUGAACAGCUGAAGUCCGAGCUUAGACAGAUUACAAACUAGAAACUAAAGUCUAACUCAGGACAGAUAAAGCUCGUCUGCUUGUAGUGCCAAAAACAACCGUGCGUAAUUACGCAUAAAAAAGAACAAUGAGUGCCACAACCGCUAUGGAAGUAAACGUCGAAGCAAGACGGAUCCUGGCCGUAUCGAUAAGCAAGCUGUACGCGUCCAGGACCCAGAGAGGCGGACUGAGACUCCACCGGAGCCUCCUGCUCUCUUUGGUCAUGAGGUCUGCCCGGGACAUCUACCACUCUUCCCGGGAGAGCGAGGAGCCAAGCUGCGCGCAGCCAACAUCGGAGGAGCCGAUGGAGACCAGCUCCAGCCAGGGGGAUCAGACCGUGCCCGAGCCUCAGCCUGAGCCCCAGCCGGCACCGAACUCAGCCGAGCCGGCCCUGGAGGAGCCGGACAGCGAGGACGAGGGGUCUGAUGGUGAAAUCACAGAGGACAAAGAGAACAUGAGCCCGACGAGGCAGUCCAGGAAACGCCGGGGCAAGGCGUCGGCGGCGCCUGACUUCCUUCCCAGCAAGAGGGCGAGGCUUGAGCCCGGGGAGGAGAGGUAUGCGGCCCCGCUGGGCAGCUGUCGCGCCGGGGCCGGGGAGUCCCUGACCGCUUUGUCUCUAAAUCGGGUUAUACCUGCGUUCUGAACAGAUGGAGGGAGAAAAUAGCCUCCAAUGGGACUUUGGAGCGGAGUGAUUCUGAACUCCUCGUUAACCUAUAAGGGCGGUUUGACCCCCUUUUGCGCACCAAGGAGCUGACCUACAUCAGCGGUCCCGGGACAGAGGGAUUACCGGGACCAUGGUGCGAGAUCUCCGGUCGAUCUGGCGGGCUGGGGGAGCCCCGGCAAAGAUCAACAAGCAAGAAGAAAAAGGAGAAGUAACCGAGGCGGGCCUGCGGGAGAUACGGGCCGGAAAGUUUGAGGAAGAAACUGAAGGGGAACUGGUCGCGUUGCUUUCUGUUCGCCGGUGAUUCACCUUCAGUUAAAUGAGUCUAAACAAGUGACUGGCGCUGACUCAAAGUGUCUGUAUGUGUGAAUCAGCAGAGAGUGAUAUGAGUCAGUCAGAGAAGAAGAAACGGUUAACCACAGAGCAACACACACACACACACACACACACACACACACACAUUCACACAACUAGGACUUCAGGGAAUUUCCUGCCUUUAUACCGGGAUAUCGGACUCAAACACUGAAAGAGGAAGCAGAGUUGAAACAGACUAGCUGCCACACACACACAGACACACAUUCACAUGCUGCUGUGGACUUUGAUCAAUCAAUACUACUGCUAGGGGACUGUCCUGUAAACUGUGUCACAUGGUGCUUUGAGAAGAGGCUUUCCACAUGUUGUUGGAAGUCCAGUCUGUGUUUUUUAUGUCACUGAAAUGUUCACAUCAGACCUGUGAAGAAAAAAAAAACCUUACCUCACAUUCCAAGCUGCUUUUUUAUGUGUUUGAUGGAAUUAAUGGUGUAAAUAUUUGUAAUAAACACAUUGAA